GGACAACACCCUAUAAGUCCGUCCUUACAAGUAACCGGUCUUCGAAUUUGCUGUUUCCAGUCUACCGUUAGCCGGAAUACUCUGGCGCUUAGACUCCUGCUCCCUCUCUUUCUCACCCCAUUGACGAAGCUCCGAAGAAACAAGUUCAAUCAAACGCUGCAAUAUUCUGAUUUCGUCGAUGAAGUCUGAAGGUUCCGACGGCUCUCGAGCUGAACAGCUCAAACUAAGAGCCAAUGAGUCCUUCAAAGCGCAUAAAUUUGCUGAAGCCAUUGAAUUGUACUCACAAGCAAUUGAAUUGAACGGUAAGGAAGCGGUGUACUGGGCUAACCGUGCGUUCGCGCACUUCAAACUGGAGGAGUAUGGCAGUGCUGUGGAAGAUGCUACGAAAGCGAUUGAGCUUGACCCUAAAUAUUCAAAGGGGUACUAUAGACGAGGUGAUGCAUAUUUUGCAAUGGGGAAGUUUAAAGACGCGCAGGAAGAUUUUCUGCAGGUCAGGAGAUUAUGCCCUAAUGACCCAGAUGCUCUAAAGAAAUUGAAUAAAUGUGUGGCGGAGCUUAAUUCUGAAAAAGCUAUUUCUGUCCCUGAAUCUGGGUCAGGACCUGGCUAUUCUUUUGCUUGCACCAAAGUAACUGAUGUUGCAUUAGCAGUCAGCAUUAUACUAAUGGUAGUGGUGGUGGUAUAUAUGAGCUCUAAAUCAACCGCAGGGUUCUUGUCGGCAGGUUUGGCGACAGCAUUAUUGCUAUUGGGACCAUGUUGGUGGAACCGCUUCAAUCUCAGUUUUCUUCCGAAGAGUAAAACAGUUGAAUUAGGAAUGGAGUCUCGGUAUAGUGAUGCAAUGAUAGAGGGAGAUAUUGUAACUUUAGAUUUUGUGAAGAAAAUGAUGGAAGACUUCAAAAACCAAAAGAGUUUACAGAUAAGAUAUGCAUACCAAAUUGUUUUACAAACAAAAGAAAUGCUGAAAUCAUUGCCCUCUCUUGUUGACAUUGAGAUUCCUGAAGGAAAGCAUUUUACUGUGUGCGGUGAUGUGCAUGGUCAGUUUUAUGACCUCCUAAAUAUUUUUGAGCUCAAUGGACUUCCGUCUGAAGAUAAUCCAUACCUCUUCAAUGGUGACUUUGUUGACAGAGGGUCUUUCUCUGUUGAAGUCAUAUUGACACUAUUUGCUUUGAAGUGCAUGUGCCCAUCAGGUAUGUAUCUAUCUCGAGGCAAUCAUGAAAGCAAAAGCAUGAACAAAAUAUAUGGUUUUGAGAGCGAGGUUCGUUCCAAAUUAAGUGAAGCGUUUGUGGGGCUUUUUGCGGACGUGUUCUGCUGUCUACCCUUAGCUCACGUGAUUAAUGGGAAGAUCUUUGUUGUUCAUGGAGGACUUUUUAGUGUUGAUGGUGUAAAGCUCUCUGAUAUUAAAGCUAUUGAUCGGUUUUGUGAGCCACCUGAACAAGGGUUGAUGUGUGAAAUGCUGUGGAGCGAUCCACGACCACAAUUUGGAAGAGGACCUAGUAAACGGGGUGUUGGUCUUUCAUUUGGUGGGGAUGUAACAAAACGGUUCUUGGCAGAAAAUAAUCUAGACUUAAUUGUGCGAUCUCAUGAAGUAAAAGAUGAAGGCUAUGAGAUUGCGCAUAAUGGUAAACUCAUCACUGUAUUCUCUGCUCCUAACUACUGUGAUCAGUUGGGUAACAAGGGAGCAUUUAUCCGCUUUCUUGCUCCUGAUCUUAAUCCCAAUAUUGUCACAUUUGCAGCUGUUCCGCACCCUAAUGUCAGACCAAUGGCAUAUGCCGACAGCUUCUUCCAAAUGUUCUCUUAGUUCCCACACAACCGUAUUAUGCACGUCGCCGACAUAAAUCAUGGUUCUGAAAGGCAGGAGAAGAGUCGAGAGAUGCCUCAGACAGUCAGAUCUUGUUGACAUUACCCUUUGCUUGCCAUGCAUGAUUUUUUGGGGGGGCCUCUAACUACCUCACUGCUUAUAGGAAUUCUUAUAGGACUUGUAUCUUGUAUGUUGACAAAAUAUAGGUUUGUAGUAUCAACGACACGUUUGAAAGAUACAAACUGGUGCGACUAUAAACAGUUUAUACUUUCCGCCAAGAAUGCAUUCUCACCAUUAUAUAUAUAUGUAUCCACCAUCCAUUAUUAAUGUAACAUUGUUAGAUCUCCCAUGGGAUAUGAAGGGAAUCCAGAACAGAUUCCCACACUUUUCCACUUCUCAGUAGUUGAAUACUUGAAUCCGUUGGAUUUCAUCUUCACUUAAGAGUUACGGCCUCC